GGCAAAUCCACUGAUUCAAAAAUUCAUUUUGACAAAAAAGCAAAACCCUAGCCUGCCUCUUUUUGCUUUACCCCAUUUUCCCUCCCUCCUCUUUUCCCUCCCUCCCAUUUCUCUCUCUACGCGGCGUAACACACACAAACUCUCUCUCUAGCUUUUACUGUUUACAUCGUGAAAGUUCCUCUGUUCUGCCGCCUGCUCAACCAUGGAGCAGUGAUUUCCAAGGUAACUGAAAAAAAGUAGAUACCUUGAAACAAGGGAUAAUUUUUUAGAGAUUUUUUUUCCAAAAUCGAGAAAUAGUAGGAGGCCAACAUCAUGGGCAAAGUAUCUCCAAAUGACCGGCAACCAAAAAGUGGUAGACAAAAGAGGCGGAUGAGGAAUUCAAAAGGCAAGUAUUUGAAACCUGGUGCCCUUGCCCAGCUACGAAAUACCAAGGCAUCAGCUUCUAAAUCUUGUACAGAUUUGGGAAAGAAAAGAGUUGAGCUUUUAAAUGCCAAGCAGGCUGAAGAUGCACGUCCUGAGAUUCCCCAAGUAAAAAACACAGAUGUUAGUCCCACCACACCUUUUUCUCCCGUAAGAUUCCAGUUUGCACCUUUACGUGGUCCCGCCGAGCUGUUCAGCCCGGUUAAUUUACAGAGCACCCCCAGGACUCCUUAUGCCGGACAAUCCGAGUGCGAGUCGAGGCUUGAAUCUCUCCCUAUGGAUUUACUGGUGAAAAUUCUUUGUCACCUGCACCAUGAUCAACUUAGAGCAGUUUUCCACGUCUCACAGAAAAUUAGAAAGGCAGUUGUGAUAGCAAGACAAUUCCACUUCAAUUAUACCACACCAGAUAGAUCAAGGCAAGAGAUGCUGAAUACAGUUACUCCACUCCCAACUGAUCACUGGCCUUUCAUGAGCAAGAGAAAUGGAAAAGGGUUGUCGAUUGUCAGCCCCCACACACCAAAGGCACCUAAACAUGGUCCCCGGCCACCCUCUCGUUUGAAGUUCACCGAGAUGCGGCAGAUUGCUGCCGUUCUUUUCCAGGAGUCUUCAUAUUCUUCCAAGUGUUUCGUGCCGUCAGUUUUGCAGAAGCCUCUCUGCAAAUCGUUGGGUUCCAACAGAGUCCUAUUUUACGAGGAUGAGCUUUGCCAGGCUGUUGCUCAGAACAAACUCCGUUGAACUCUGCAGGCUGUGUUAUUUCCUUUUUGGUAAACCUUUUGCUUGUGUAUAUAUGGACAUCCCCCACUCUGUGGAACUUCAUGUAGGUGGGGCCUGGUUUCAUAAUUAUCUUGAAGCAUGAUGGAGUUCUUGUGCUGUUAGGUGUUCGUUUAAAUAAUGUAUUACUAUACUAGUUUUGUACAGUUAUCCGUAAUCAAAACUGCUUGGCUUUGGAGUGGUCUGAAUUUUGUGUUCAGUUUGUUUAUAGUGGGGUUUGCAUCUAUGCUUAUGUAACUUGUCAAAAGUAGAUACUAAUAUGGUGAUGUCACACUUGCCUAGAAAUCCAUAUACUUCAUUGUGUUUGAUGCUUAACUUGAAAUUUGCAAAUCUGAUGAGAUAUAUAAGUACAUACAUG